AUGACCCGCCCGAAGCCGCGAUCCAGUCGGCCUGGUCUUCCUUUGCCGUCCAGUGGGGGCCAUGAGGAAAAGUCAGGGACAGGAGGUCGUCGCCGAGAGUCUCGCGAUGGCGACGAGCUCGCAGAGGAUGUCACGGCGGUUGAUGGAAUGGUGCCAGCACGACCAGGCAGAGCGAUAGACGGAUCGCACGUGCCAGAGCACAAGGGUCACGAAAGCACGGACGGGCCGUCGCAUGCACUAUCAGACGGACACAAGGGCAUGCCGUCGAUGCCGACGUCGAGCUACGCGGAUUCUCAAUCGUCUUCGAUGGGAGACGAUCGGGACGAGGACGGUCUCGAUGAGGACGGCGACACCUCCGUCACGGGCGCAGAAGGUCGACGCACGUCAAUCAGCCACCAGCCUCCCCGAGGCAGCCGCAAAUCAGCUCGUCCGGGUCAAACAGGCGCGGAUGGCCACUUUGCAGGGACGGCGCAGGUGGCGCCACCGCCGCGGCUCGAAAAUCUGCCGCUUCCAGGGACGAAUCCAGAGCAAAGCCGCUUCGUCCUGACGGUGCGACAACACCCCAAGCAAGGGCGGCAGUGCGGCUUCGGUGUCAAGGACAAGCGCCCCCUCGACCCGUUGCCAAUCGUCCAGCUGCAAGUCUAUCGGAAGGACAAGAGCAUCGAUGAAGAAGCGUCCAACAGCCCCAACCUGCUCAUGCAAGUCUCGCUGCAGCGCGUCGAUGUAGCGACGGGCAACCUCCAGGAAACGACCCUGGUGGGCCAGCCCUCGGACACGUCAUUUCCGUGGACGCGCAUGCUCGAGGGACGGCUAGCUGCCAGCGCCCAUGUCGUGCGCGACCUCGACGGCAGUCGCGCCUGCUUUUUCGUCUUCACCGACUUGAGCGUGCGUCUCGAGGGUCACUUCCGCCUGCACUUCCAGCUGCUUCUGCUCGGUCCGCCUUCGAUGGUCAGCAACGGCGACGGCGCUGGUGGGGGCGGAGGAGGAGGCGGUGGGACGGGCAGCAACGUGGUGGCCGAGAUCCAGUCGGAUAUCUUCACCAUCUACAGCCCGCGACGCUUCCCCGGCAUGACGGAGAGCACCGAGCUCGCAAAGUCGCUCGCCAGGCAGGGCGUGCAGAUCCCGAUCCGCAACGACGUCCGGCGCAAGCAGGAGUAG